AUGGCACGAUCUUCUACGGUCAUUAUUUGUUUGUGUCUCCUCUUCCUAGUUGCGGUGGCUUAUGGAACCCCUGUUGCAGGGACACCAGGCACUGGAGGAAAUGGACCCUUGGGUGCAUCUCCUGGUGGCCCAACGGGCCCUAUUCCGGUGGGAAAUGGAGGAGACUCUGGAGAUAACCCCAAGGCACAAAGAAACCCGCACCAAGGUGUACACCGGGGUGUGAAUACGUCACUCGCAGUGCUGAGUGCCAUGCUGAUGACAGUAACUUAUGCCGUGCUGAUCGGCCCAGGGACAAGAUUGUCUAGCACCAGCAAGCUUCCGUUGGCGGCGAUCAAGGCGAAUAUCGGCAAUCUUCUCUCCAAAGCGUGGCCAGAUACAAGUACCUCAGAGCAUAUAGCUGGGUCAGCGUUAGCGAAGGUCACCGAGGAAGACGCUAUCAGACUCUACUAUGUAGGCAAGCUAGAUGGCGACAGCAGUGAUAGCCGGACAGCGAGAGGAGUAGCACAGUGUGAGGCGCUUCCAAAGCGAAGAAUCCCAACGCCACCGGUCUGGCUGACAACGGGUUCAUCGUUAACAAAGAGCAUGGUCCAGUUGGCUAUUUGGGAAUGGGUGUGUUUGUGGAUGGUCCUGGCCAUGGUCAUCUCGACAUUAAUUUUCAAUGGUUUUCUCACAGGUCAGAAGCUGCCGGAUGCAUAUCCGCGGCUUGUUGUCGUAUUGAUCUACUUGACCGCGUUCUUCGUCCAUGCCUGGUAUGUGUGGAAAUCUUGCACAAGCUUCUUUACUUUGCUUGGAGCCGGUGCAGCAUGGAGCUUACUGAACAAAGCUUCCUUUGCUUCGGUCGACUUGGGGCAGCUGAAAGCCUGUGGAGCAGGUGGUUCGGCCCCUGUGUUUCGAAAGAUUGGGAAACCUGCUACAAGUGCGACCUUUCCUCCAUACGAGAAUUGUGUUCUAAAAGGGGGCAUCGCUCCAAAGGCUUCGGAUGUCACCAAGGACUCGCUGCCCGAGGAAGACCAGGGCGCUAUAAACACGGUUAGUGGCUGGCAGAAGCAAGAAAUAUCAUCUACCGUUCAAGCAGGAAGUAUUGCGCUUGAAAGAGUAAUAACAAAUGUUGUGACAAUUGUGGGCAUCACUAUUACUACAGGGUUUGCGGCCUGGACAUCGAUUGCCAGCGCCGGAGAUAGUACAACACAACUAGGUUCGCUGGCUCUGUUGGCAUCUCUGACAAUUGGCUCGGGAGCAAUGUUCAGCAGCGCAGUCGAGCUUAGUGUAAUGGACACAUCGUUCCGCAAUGUCCUUUUUUACAAGGAACUCAUGAUCAACGGACAAGCUACAGCACAUGUACAGAAACGAGCAAAAAAGAAGAACGUUGUUGGGUUCACACAUAACACGGUACAGAUGGGAAGAGUGGGUUUCAUUGAAUUGGCCAAGUUCACGAAACUGUGGGCGUUGCUAGUGUUUGGACCAGCCUAUGGACUCCUACCUGGAGAAGAGGACCAUUUCAGACAAUCUGCGGGCGCUGAGUUCGAGUUUUUUGCCUCUGUGAGAGACAAGAAAGUACUGCUGACCACAGAGGCCACGACUAAGCACCAGGUUCACACGGAUGGAGGCAGCUUCGAGGCGAUCAAUGUUUGUUUCUUCGCCGAAAAGGAAUCAUCUCCCGCCUGCUCAAGUGUCUGGGAGGCGAAACGGCCCCAAGUAACCAGUAAAGCAGUCUAA